CAUCGUGGCCUUUUGGCAGCCCCAUCACUUGGAGCACCGUUGCCAUGAAGGCCGUGGUGAAGCACGUGGUGAAGGCACACCUGUGCCAGGAGUGCGGCAAGUCCUUCAGCAAGAAGGGCAACCUGAAGAGACACCAGCGCGUCCACACGGUGGAGGAGCUCUUUGCUUGCAGGGAGUGUGGCCGGCAUUUCACCACCAGGGGCCACCUGAGGACCCACCAGAGCAUCCACACCGGGGAGAGGUCCUUCUGCUGCGGGGAAUGCGGGCGUUCCUUCCGCCUGGAGAUAUGCCUGGCGGCCCACAGGAAGACACACACCAAGGGUGGGCCCUACUUCUGUGCCCGCUGCGGCAAGAGGCUGAGCACAAAGAUCUACUUCAACAUCCACAUGCGGACGCACACGGAGAAGAGGCCGUUCGCCUGCAGCGAAUGCGGGAAGAGCUUUGUGAAGAAGGGAACGCUCACGGCCCACAAGGAGAUCCAUAAGAGGGAGAAGCCCUUCCAGUGCCCCGAGUGCAGCAGGUGCUUUGGGCAGAGUGCCACGCUGUUGGCCCACCAGAAGAUCCACCUUCGUGGAGGGCCUUUCAUUUGCACCGAGUGUGGGAAGAGCUUGAGCACCAAGCGGUGUUUCAACGUCCACCAGAGGAACCAUGCUAAGGAAAAGCCACUCAAGGGACACAUUGAAGAUGUGCCUCUCCAGGUCAUACAGAUUAAAGAGGAAACUGCCUUUAAGUCAGAAGAGAAUGUGUUGGAGUGUGUGUUUAAUGAAGGACCUAAAAUUCCAUGUGAUCCAAAAAGCCCUCAUGGGAAAAUCCAAACGAAAGAGGAACCAGGACCACUCGCCUGCGACACAGAAAACAUCACUGCAAUAGCCUGCCAGAAACUUCACAUCAAGGAAGAACCACAAGAAAACCCGGACUGUGGAAAGCUCUUUGAUCCAGAGCUCUCAUUGAUGGUUUUACAGGGAAGACAGGUUAAAAAGGAAAGGGAUUCUGACGGGCACCAUGACCAAAAAGGUCCCGUAGCUGGUAACAGGGUGCUCCACAUGAAGGAAGAACCACAGAAAAGCACUGACAGUGAGAUCCACUGUGGUCAGAAGCCAAACCCAAGUGCCACCCAAAGGAUCCAGAUUGAAGAGCGAACUGGAGUAGAGGAUGACCACCAAGAGAGACAGAGCCCACGGAGGAAGCAGAAGAAAUGCGUCCCCACCAAAGAGGGGACGCCAGAGAAAUCCACAUCCAAGAAAGAACCCUCAACAAAACAAGCUUCCAAAGGUGAACGGAUAUUCCCCUGUCCUGAGUGUGGCAAGAGUUUCAAUCAGAAAUCAAACCUGACCAGACACCAGAAGAUCCACACGAGCGAGGGGCCGUACAAGUGCAGCGAGUGCGGGGAGAGCUUCCGCAUGAGCCGCAAACUGGUCCGGCACCAGCGAGCCCACAUGAGAGAGCCUUUCAAAUGCACCGAGUGUGGGAAGAGCUUCACCCAGCGCUCCAACCUGGUUCGGCAUCAGAGGAUUCACACCAAGGAGGAGCCCUACCAGUGCCCUGAGUGCGAGAAGACCUUCAACCAGAAGGCCAAUCUCUUCCGACAUCAAACGAUCCACGUCCGCAUGGGGCCUUGCAAAUGCACCAAGUGUGGGAAAUGCUUCCUCCAGAAGCGUCACCUCAUUAAACAUCAGCUGCUCCACUCCCGAGGUGGGGCCUACAAGUGUGGGGUCUGCGGGAAGCGCUACCGGCUGAAGAAGUAUCUGAGGAGGCACCAGAAAAUCCACGCGCGGGAAGGAGCUGGCUCCAACGUGAAAUGUGGGGAGGACACAAGGCCUGGUGGUGGGUCUCACCCCACUGAGCAAAUGACCCUGCGAUGAGUGAAGAGGAGAGCUGAGAGGAUCUGGUUCCCAUUCCUGAAGGGAAAAUCUUUGAGAAACAGGGAUGGAAGCAAACUGAUGUUUGUGGGGUGGGUGAGGUUGGAGGGGGCAAAGCAUGGAUAGAAACUGGUCCCAUCCUGCUGCUUUGUGAGUCAACCUUCAGCUUACAUCUGUGCUUACAGCUAUGGGAUGGAGCUGGAGAACACAACUCUUCAGAGCACUCAGAGGUGAAGGGAUGAGCCCCUGGCAUCCUUGGUAAUGGGAUGCUUGUGCCUCUAAAGCCUGCCAAAACGGUGGAGGCCAACGAUGUUUUGUGUGGGCAAUGUGUGACCAGAAUUGCUGGGAGGGAUUUAUUUCUGUUAUAUCACAGUGCUUCUUAGAGAAAGCUGCUUCUCAUCUGCCUGCUUCCCUGAUUGUCACUGUAAAGCUUAUGGUAGGAUGUUGACUUUUCAGGGCAGUAUUUGGGGAGUUCAAACCGAGUAGCAGGAAUAGUUGAACAGAUCUUCAGACUUUAUGGGCUAGAAAACUGGAAAAUAUUUUCCUGUUGGGAUGCUUUCCCUACCUUUCCCUCAUAUAAUGGGAACUGUGCAGCUACUCAAAAGUAUGGACAGUUUUUAUUGCUCACUGCCAAUGAUUUUUGUUGGAGGCUUUGAGCACCCUGACCUAGCUGUAGGUGUCCCUGUUCAUUGCAGGGGAGUUGGACUAGAUGACCUUUAAAGAUCCCUUCCAAUUCAGAUAAUUCUAUGAUUCCCUCACCAGAGUGUUCUUGGUGUCUGGAAAGUCCUUGAUGAAGUGGAGAAGCAGAGUGAGCCCACAGUCCCACGAGCCGCUCCCCAAGAUAUCUUUGCAGCCCUGGUACCUGGCCACAUGAGAGCUGGCAGAUUGAAAACACUUAUUAGGUUUGUUGUUUGCUGUAAUAAGUAGAGUCCAAGGGAAUACAAAAAUGUUCCAUGGUGAGGCAGUAUCUCUGCCUCUGGUUUUGUGCAGGUAGAGAAGUCCAUUACCCAUUCCUAAGGUACAGACUUCCUCCUUCUCCCAAGGUGUAUUGCACAUGGCAUCCUCUUGAAGGCACUGAAAACCAUCAGCAUAACUUUGGGAAACUACUUGCUGUGACACUUCAGACCCAAACUGUUCUUCGUCUGCACUGACUGUUCUGGAGCAACUGCCUCCAGGCAGGGAAAUGGAGGCACAGAUGUUGCAAAGUGAACAGGACAAAUAAUGUUUGAGCUUUGCCUUCCCCAACUGCUUGGACAUCACUAUGCUGUGGUGACUCAAGGCCAACACUGAGUACAGCUGCCAAAUUCCAAAAGCACAGAGUAACUUUCAUGUCAUCAUCAACUGUAGACAAGUUUUCCCUCAAUUACUUCUGGCUUGGUGAAGGUUCGUUUCUGGGCAGAAAAGGCAGAUAUACCAGAGAAAAUGAUUUCGGGGUUCUUUAGGGGUAUCUGAGGUCACCCUUGUUAUGGCAAUGGUUCUGGGCCUUCUGGUGGGUAGGUGGACCCUCCAGUGCAGGGCUGGGAAACUAUGCUCCUCAGGAAGAAUGUGGCUAAGCCAGCUAGAAAAGCAAAACUGCUUCUAUUGGGCCUGCUGAGGGGCAGAGGGAGAGCAGAGCUCUUCAGUGAGUAAUCACCAGAUGAAUUAAUUUAUUUCCUUUUUAUUAGUCUAGCAUGAUGCUGUAAAGAUUUUGCCAGCAAGAAGAAGUGGUGUGGGAGGUUUGCCAGUUGUAUUGCUGAAACCUUUGACAUGCAGAAAGAAGUGAGUCAGUGUCAGUAGCCUUCCUGGACAUCCCUGGAUCUUGCACCAUUCACCAUAGCCAGUGUUCCAACUUCUGGGGAAAAUCAGGACUGAUAGUUUGUAUUAUCUUCUCAAUAAAGUAAGUAAGUAAAGAACCAAGGCAAACAAAACGAACCUGUUUUCUGUUUGUGGUUUUGAUUUCAUCAGCUAUCAUCGAGAGAACCACUAUCCACAAUGCAACAGGCAAAACUGCCAGGGCAAGAGAUGGAAAAGUGAUAGCCAGAUGGAAAUGGUUGAUGAAGAUGAAUAUGCUGACCAUAUUGACCAUCCUUCCACCAACCAGCUGGGAGCUCAGACCCCCAUGUGGAGAUCUGGGCCUCCAGCCAGCGAUCCAGACGUAGGUGUGGAACUGUGUGAAGUGCUCUAAGUUAUCUGCACAUUUUAUGCCUUAAAUAUGGUUAUCGUGAUCCAAACUCCAUCCUUAGUGUCCCACUUAUGGAUGCACAGUGCUGGAAGCAAAGACUUCCUUGGGUACCACCAGGAUCUGCCCAUCAUAGGGACAUGACAUGAAAGAUUCCCCAAAGGACCCUUUCAAAGAGAUGGCUCACAGACAGUUUGGAUUGCCAGGUCUACUGUCUGCUGCUAAUUGUCAUGUUAGGUGCUUGGGUCAGGACCUUGGAAUAAUUAAAGCUCUUUGAGGGAGAAUGGAUUUAUCUGCGGAUUGGACAAUGCCAAAUCCUUUCCCAUCUAGGAAGCAAAAUAACCUUCAUCCUUUUCUCCUUGAACUCAUUAAAAGAGAUCAUAAUACUAAACUGCUUAAAAUCAUUGCCUCAUUCUCCACUGCACAGAUUUUAUGCAGAAAACCACACAUGCGAGUGCUUAUCCACUGAGCAAUCUCAGUCACCACGUGAACAGGAUCCUCACAAGCUCUGAUUUUGCCAUCAUGGCCAGGCUGAAGCUGGAAGAACGAGAUCACAGUUGUGUUAAUGGAGAGAGAUCCAAGCUCUGAUAAAAAGAACUAUUCUGGUGUUGCACAGUGGGACAGGAAAUCUUGUCUUGAGACACUUGCUACAAUUUUUAUAUCCGUGUACAUUUCUAAUGUGGUUUUUAGGAGGAAUUUCAGAACUUUUUGAACUUUGCAGUGACUCACUGACUAUCUGUGUGUAUCAUCUCAGUAUCUCCUUGACUCCAGCCUGCCUGGAAGAGAGAUGGAGACAGACUGAGAUGGAGAGCACUUCCAUGAGAGUGUGUAUUUCGUGCUUUGAUGGGACGCAUAGAGCCUAUUGGUGCUCAGCAUGUUGUGAUGUGGUGGGAAUGAGAGGGUCUUUGGCACCAGAGCAAACAUCUGCUUGGAUAUAAGUAUCCUGGGAUGUUUACUUGUCUUUUGAGGACGUGACGGUUCCCGUGAGAACUUCCUCAAGAAUCUCAGGCUGUAGGGAGCCUGGUGUCCCCACUAACAGGGAUUGAGGAGAGGAAAAGGACCAGAGUGAAAACUAGGUGAGCAACAGGACAUUCAGCAUCACACGUUUCCACAAAUCCCUGCUCUGUUCACAGAGCAAACAGGCUCCAUGAGGACAUGGUCAGUGGGCACGGUGGUGACGAGUUGAUGGUUGGACUAUAUGAUCUUAGUGGUCUUUUCCAACCUUAAUGAUCCUGUGAUUCUAUAAUAUUUACAUCCCAUCAGCAGCUUGGCCACCUAUCAUCCCAUCCAGGUGCAGAGUGGUGCAGCCAGGUACUGCCAUAUGGGGCCAUGUUAUCAAACUGAACUGCCCAUAGCCAGCGCCCAUCUGGAGCCAUGUACUCAUCCAUGUCUGCCUUAAAUAAAAGGAUCCUGAGAUUUUUCUAAUGUAUGGGAGCUGCUGAGUCACGGCCUGAACCUCUGAUUGAUCACCUGAGGUGAGCCAUGAGUCAG